UUCCGAGCACGUCUUAACUCGGGCGCGAGACGCUUGGCAGUCUGCCGCGAGAAGCAGCCCCGCGAGGACCGCCGCAAAGCCGAGCUUUAUUAAUCGCGAGCGCCGCGCUUUUCUCUUGUUCGCUAUCACACGGCACAGCUGUGCGACGACGAUGCGGUGACGUUAGAUUCUUUUCUGCCGCACGAUGGCGAUCGACGUGCCUUACACUAGUGCCUGUAUGAUAUAGUAUAACGUGUAUAUACCAAAGUGCCUCGAGUCUCUCUGUGAUGAAAAUGAAGAUUAGCCGUAAGUGAGAUCGUUACACGAUGCUGUCGGACACGGAGAAUCUGGCCCAGCAGGCCGCGAACUCGCACGCGCCCCAGGACUUUACCGUCUCCAGGCUGCUGUCCUGCGGAACGCCGAAUCAGGCCUUGGCCGACUGCAACGAAAACUCGUCGAGCGGCAGCAGAAGACCCCGUCGGAGUCGGACGACCUUCUCGGCGCAACAGUUAGCCGCCUUGGAGCGAGUCUUCGAGCGGACCCACUACCCGGACGCUUUCGUGCGCGAGGAGCUCGCCACGAGAGUCUCCCUCUCGGAAGCCCGAGUACAGGUCUGGUUCCAGAACCGCCGGGCAAAGUUCCGUCGCAACGAGCGCAGCUCCGCGCUGAACCGCGGCAGCUCGGCCUCCCGCGAGAUGGAGGCGACUCUGCCGCUCCGUCCCAUUCGCCUGAACCCCAGCCACGAGUCCCCGAACAGCGGCAAUACAGGCGACGCCUCGCAGCACCACCAGCUCAAUCCGUACAACGCCUACGGCGACUACUGGCGAUCGCCGAGCGUCUCCGCGGCCCAGCACCACUACAGCGCCGCGGCCGCCGCGGCCACGACCAACUGCAAUCACGGCUUCAACGUGACGGGACUGCCCACCUAUCACCACCACCAUCACCAUCACCAGAGCGUCGCCGAGGCUGUCCACUCCAACGAGAUGAGCUCCUCGACGAUCGGGGCUGCGCUGAGACUCAGGUCGCAUCCUUACGGCGCUGCUGCUUACUCCGCGAUGCAUGCCAGCAUGUGAUGUAGCAUACGAGUGUAGAUUCUGCAUGGGAAUGACAAAUGAGUGCGAGAGCCAAAGAUUGUUGUGGACGGUGUUGCGAGUCUGAGGUGUAGGUAUUUUGUUAUUUUUUGGGUCCGGGGCUGAAUACCAAAGAAAAGUAUAAUUUUGUAGGCGUGUUUAGCCGAAGGAAAAAUAGAGGAUCGUUUAAAACAGGGUAUGACGAUUUAUCGAAUAUAGAAUAGACGAGUAUACGAUAAUUAAUCGAUAGUAACAAAGUUAUAUUAUUACUUAUAUAUAUAUAUAUUAUUGUAUAAGAUUGCGUAGUUUAAGUGAAAUAUAGACGUAGAACAGAUAACAUGUGAUUUUUUCUCUCACGGCACGAAACGUAAAUGCGUUUGUCAAUAAAUUAACUACGUACAUUCGUUAACAAUGUAACUCGAAUUUCUUAAUAAAUUAUUAUUACCAAACAAAUACCUUUUGCGGUCGUUUAGUUUCUUGACCUAUUGAGACAUUUGCGAAAUCCGGCCGAUCUCUAUUAUACGAGAAGGAGAGGGCCAAAUAGGUACAAAAGCGAGCGAUUUGUCGGUAAAGAGGACAUGAUAGACAUAUUUGUUAGAUGAUCAAAUAACAAAGUUAUAUAACUUAUUUAUUGUAUAAGAUUGCGUAGUUUAAGUGAAAUACAUAGCAAAAGAACGUUUAAUAAUAACAA